AUGCCAUUAGAGUCGUCCAACCUGAGUCAGCUCGAGGCCUUGUGCAAAGCCUCAGGGGAGCAGCUGCGGGUCCUGGACAAGGCAGAUGAGAGGAGGGGGGUGAAGGCCAGAGGGACCAGUGACGGGACCAUGAGACCAAAGCUGCAGAGGCUUCUGAAGGAGAGCGAUGAGAGGCUGAGGGUGCUGAGGGCCGUGCACCGCAGAGUCAUCAACCGGUUCCACUCAUUCUUGCUGUUUUUGGGCUACUCUCGAUCCAUGGUGCGGGACACGCGGCCGGAAGAUUUCUGCAAAACCAUCAGUGAUUUCUCCUUGGAGUUCAGAGCCACGCGUCAAACCAUUCUCCACCAGCGAGAAAAAGAGAAGGAAAGAGAGAUAAAGGGAACAGGGAGCAGCACCCCAGUGGGACAGAGGAGGAGCCAGACACUCACACAGGACUGUGAAGAGCAAUAUAAACUUGAGGAAAUCCUAAAAACGGCAGAAACUUUGUAUCGACUGGACGUGACGCUGCCUCGGAACCGGCGAAGGAAAACCGACGGACAAGUAUUUAUUAUCAAACACGUGACAGCGGCCUCCACACUUCUGCACCAGGGACCUCAGAGCUUCAUUCUGUUGAUACCAAUCUUCAAUCUUCUGCCCGUCAUCAAGUUGGUCUCCAUGAGUGAAAACCACAGUGGUUCCAACCUGAGUCAGCUCGAGGCCUUGUGCAAAGCCUCAGGGGAGCAGCUGUGGGUCCUGGACAAGGCAGAUGAGAGGAGGGGGGUGAAGGCCAGAGGGACCAGUGACGGGACCAUGAGACCAAAGCUGCAGAGGCUUCUGAAGGAGAGCGAUGAGAGGCUGAGAGUGCUGAGGGCCGUGCACCGCAGAGUCAUCAACCGGUUCCACUCAUUCUUGCUGUUUUUGGGCUACUCUCGAUCCAUGGUGCGGGACACGCGGCCGGAAGAUUUCUGCAAAACCAUCAGUGAUUUCUCCUUGGAGUUCAGAGCCACGCGUCAAACCAUUCUCCACCAGCGAGAAAAAGAGAAGGAAAGAGAGACAAAGGGAACAGGGAGCAGCACCCCAGUGGGACAGAGGAGGAGCCAGACACUCACACAGGACUGCGAAGAGCAAUAUAAACUUGAGGAAAUCCUAAAAACGGCAGAAACUUUGUAUCGACUGGACGUGACGCUGCCUCGGAACCGGCGAAGGAAAACCGACGGACAAGGUUUCCACUUGAUCUGA